UGCAAAAUGCUGGCGAUGGUUGAUCCAUCAUCGCUAACUGCCGAAGCACUGGCACGAGCAGCAGUAAUAUUAUCAGUUGGCCUAUUGCUGAUGUUUUCAGCAGUUAUUUCUAUAACAAUAACACUAUGCAAUGAAACACUACGAGAUGUGAUCGGCUAUUAUAUGGUUAGUUUUGUGCUUUUCAAAAACAGUGAUUCUGAUUGA